GCGCUCCCGGGCGCUCUCAGUCGGGCUGCGACGGCGACCCGGUGAGCACGCUUUCAGUCCCGCCGUCCCAGCCGCUGCAAUGGCCGCCACCGCCCUCUUCCUGCUGCUGCUGGCCACCGCACACCUCACCCUCUGCGCCGCCGUUGCCACCGACGACUACAACCCGGACGUCGAUCUGUCCACCCCGGGCAUAAUCCGCCGCCACGGCUACCCGGCCGAGGCGCACACCGUGCUGACGGGAGACGGCUACCUGCUGACGAUGCACCGCAUCCCGCGGCCGCAGCCGCAGGGCGCCUGCCGCAUCCUGCCCGUUGUGCUGCAGCACGGCCUGCUCGGCAGCUCCACUGAUUGGGUCUUCCUCGGGCCCCGCAACGGUCUAGCUUAUCGGCUGUAUGAGGCUGGAUACGACGUCUGGAUGGGGAACUCCCGAGGCAACACUUACUCUCGCGCCCACUCCAACAUGUCCAUCCACGACUCUCGCUUCUGGGACUUCAGCUGGCACGAGAUGGGCGUGUACGACGUACCUGCCGUGAUCGGGCACGUGCUGCGCGAGACGGGCUGCCCGCAGCUGUUCUACGUGGGCCACUCCAUGGGCACCACCAUGUUCUACGUGAUGGGCUCGGAGCGCCCCGACUACAAUGACAAGGUGCGGGCCAUGUUCAGUCUGGCGCCCGUCGCCUACAUGAGCCGGGUCAAGAGCCCCAUCCGCUACUUCGCGCCGGCCGCCAGCGACCUCACGUUCUUUAUGCAUCUCUUCGGGCAUGACGAGUUUCUACCACAAAGCAAAGCCCUUCGAUUCCUCGCAAAGGUCGCCUGUGAGUUGACGACCGUCGAAGAACAUGUGUGUGAAAAUGCCAUGUUCACUCUGGUCGGAUUCGACGAAAAACAGUUCAACAUGACCAUGCUGCCUGUGCUGCUGAGCCACAGCCCAUCAGGUUCCUCCACAAAGACUCUAGCUCACUACGCACAGGAGAUCAAUUCAGGCAAGUUUCGGAAGUACGAUUAUGGAAAAACAGGUAAUAUGGAACGUUAUGGAACUCCUGAGCCACCAGCUUACAACAUUUCCAACAUCCGUGCACCCAUUUCACUUCACUUUGCUAGCAAUGAUUGGCUUGCCAACAUACAGGACGUUGAAGAAUUCUCACUGAAGCUGCCCAAUGUGGUAUUCAGCGAGCUGGUGCCGCUGCUGUCUUUCAACCACCUGGACUUCCUGCUGGCCAAGGACGUUCCGUACCUCGUCUACGACAGGGUUGAGCAGCUGAUGGACAAGCUGCAGCAGGACGAGUGGGACCUGGACGACAUCUAAUCGUCGAGCAGCCUGCACCUCUCUGGGGACGGGCUGCCGCCUGUUAUCUGCUCGCAGUGGCUGCGGAAUACAGCAGGCGCCUGUAGACGCCUCGGCUGGUCAAGACAAGCGGCAGCCAGGAACACUGCACUCCCAAAAUUCUGUAUCAGAUGGAGCAAACGACUGCUUCGAAUCAUGUAUUUAUCACAACACAAAUUGAUACGUAAAAAAGUACUUACCGCAAGAGCUCUUGUUCUCUGUAUUAUUACUGUUCCUCUCUAAGCAACGGCUUGAGGACUGAAUAAGUGUACAUUAGAUUCUUCAUUGCGCCGACAUUGUUAGACACUCUAAAAGAAAAACAAAAGACCCACCACGAAGGAAUUAUCCAAAUGGGACGGAAAUCGGUAGAUGUGAAGUAGCUGAACAGACAAACAAAAGAUUACAAUUUCAGAAAAAAGUUGGAUGAUUCAUUGAAGGGAGAGGGUUUCACAAAUUGAGCAAGUCAAUCCUGGCACUUACUCAAGCAGGUAUUGGCAUUGAUUGACAGGGAUGUUGGACGUCCUCCUGAGCGAUAUCGUGCCAAGUUCUGUCCAAUCGGCGCUUUGGAUCAUCAAAAUCCAGAGCUGGUUGGAGAGUCCUGCCUAUAACGCUCCAGGAGUUCUGUAUUGGGGGCACUCCCGGCGACCUUGCUCGCCAAGGCAGGGUCAAGCACGAAGAAACUAUCGCCGCGUUCGGGUGGGCGUUAUCUUGCUGAAAUGUAAGUCCAGGAUGGCUUGCCAUGAAGGAGAACAUAGUGUAGAAUAUCGUCGACGUACCACUGUGCUGUUAGGGUGCAACUGAUUACAACCAAAGAGAACCUGCUACGAAAAAUCGCACCCCAGACCAUCAUUCCUGGUCGAGCUGUAUGGUGGCCAACAGUCAUGUUGGUAUCCCACUCCUGUCCAGUGCAUCUCCAAAAACGUCGAAGCAGAACUGAAGACAAUUCUACUCCAUACAAUGUAAGCUUUCACGGCCGGUAUUAUCUUCACUUAAAACUUCCGGGCUGAUAGGCCGUGGUCGAAGUAUAAAUCUCUCCCCUGACGUUUCGUCUCCGACUGGGGGAGACAUCCUCGGAGGUAAAGCGGCGAACUGCGAAGAGAACUCGAGGAAGCGCUGAUUAUAUAUGCAGUACCGAGGGCGCCACUGUCGAUCACGUGGCGUCGGCUAUGAGAUUGUCUCUGGUAAUGCCAACAUUCCCGAUUGAAAGUAAUCGAUCGUCACGUUUGCGGAGCAACGCUGACAUCCAAUUUUAUCCAGUUUAACACCUUUUUUUAAGGUCGGAAAAAGAUGCAUGACACCCUUUGGCUACACCGGGAGUAUAUAAAAUUCCUUGUAUUUGUGGACAGGUUUACAUCUGUACCACAAACACAAGUGUGAACAUCCGUCUUGUUGAACAUAAGAGAAAUUGCCGCCUGUGUCAAGCGGAUAAAUCGGCCGUAGCAAACAUGUUUACCAGGAAGGUGAUCAUGAAAUAAAAUUCAGCGAGACGAGCGUCAUAUCAAAAACCUCGCAUUAUUAUGCACGCUUGUAUAUAGAGGCUAUCGAGAUUGAUGUCAUAUCAAAAACCUCGCAUUAUUAUGCACGCUUGUAUAUAGAGGCUAUCGAGAUUGAUAAACAUCAUAAUAAUUUUAACAGGAAAUACGAUGGUAUUAAACUGGAUAAAAUUGGAUGUCAGUGUUGCACCCCAAGCGUGACGAUCGAUUACUUUCAAUCGGGAAUGUUGGCAUUACCAGAGACAAUCUCAUAGCCGACGCCACGUGAUCGACUGUGGCGCCCUCUGCACUGCUUAUAUAAUCAGCGCUUCCUCGAGUUCUCUUCGCAGUUCACCGCUUUACCUCCGAGGAUGUCUCCCGCAGUCGGAGACGAAACGUCAGGGGAGAGAUUUAUACUUCGACCACAGCCUAUCAGCCCGGAAGUUUUAAGUGAAGAAUUCUACUCCAGUUAACGAUGUUUCAGGCCGACGACGUGUCUAAGGGUACGCCGAAGAGCAGUGGAAUACCAACAUGACUGUUGCCCGCCAUAAUGCCUGUCAACCAGAAGUGAUGAUCAGGGGUGCCAUGCCUGUACAUAGCAGAACCCCGUGGGUUGUCAUCCGCGGUAUUCUUACAGCACCGCGGUUCCUCGACGGUAUUCUACGUCCCGUUUUGUUGCCCUUCAUGGUAAGCCAUCCCGGGCUUACUUCUGAGCAAGAUGAACCCUGCUCAAGCACGGCGAGUGUUUAUACUGCAUUUCUUCGUGCUUGACAAACCCUACCCUGACCAGCCGGAUCUUUCAUUGAGAAAGUUUGGUGCAUUACGUCAGGACCUUCCAACCAAUUCGGGAUUUUGACGAUCUAACAUGCCAAUGUGACAGAAUGUCGCACAAUAUACCUCAGCAGGACACCCACCAACUCUGUCUUAUUGACAGAGCUGAAUAACUCUGCUGAAUAGCUGUUUGUGUAAGGGCCAGAUGUGGACCAUUGCCUUACCGACUUACACAAUUUAUGAAGUUCUUUUUCUUGAAUAAAUCAUCCAAUAUUUUUGAAAUUGUAACCAUUUCUUUGUCUGUACAUGUACUCACGUCUAUUGAUUUUCAUCCCUUUCGGAUAAUUCUUUGGAGGCGCGUCAUUUUUUUCUGUCCUAGAGUGUAACUAAUCUACCAAAAAUCUGCAGCCAUUGGUUGUGCACUACAUCCGAGUUAAAGAAGGAUCUACAUUAACACCUACAUGUUAAUAACAUUCCACUCUUGAACAGCACCUGAGAAAAAUGAACAUCUUAACCUCUCAUUUUAUACAAUGGUAAUUUUUGCAUCACAGGAGGGAGCUGGUGGUCGAAAUCCGCGAAAAGAUGUCGCCUUUGUUUUAGCUAUUGCUACCCGAACUCGCUUAUGGAAUACGUGACACUCUCUCCCCUAUUUCAUGAUAAUUCAAAACGAGCUGCCAGUCUUUGAUGAACUUUUUCAGCGUCUUUCGCCAGUCUUACCAUACAGAAACCGAUACCACUUGGCAGUGUUCCAGAAGAAGACGGACAUACGAAGUGUGGGUAGCCUCAUCAACAGAUUUAUGGCACCUUCCAAGGGUUCUGCCAAGCAAACAUUGCUUUCAAUUCGCUUUCGCCUUUUUCUACGUGACGGUUCCAGUUUACGCAUUUAGUUGAAUCGACAACAUUUAAAUCUGCGAUGAUUUCUAUAAAUCUCGAUAAGAAACAAUCAUCAGCAACUCAACGUUUCAGUCACAUUGUUGGGUUCCUCUUCAGGGGCCCCUCAUAAGGAUGAAGAUUCCUUAAGAAUAUCGCCUCAGUGGGAUCGUUUCAUCGACUCGCAGAAAAUAAACGUGGAAAAUGACGCGGUCUAAUAGCUCAGAAGAUUUUUAUGUUUAUUUAAAGCGACAAAGUGUUGUACUCGAGAAGUAUCGUUGUGACCCCAAACUACCUCCGUUCCAGUGAGGCUGCGCGGUCGUGAAAGGGCCAACUCGAUUAUUGCUGUUGAUUACGAGCAAUUGUUAAACUGCCGGUGAAACGACGGUUCGUGUUCACUUCUCAUAUAUUUUUCAAGAAAAACUAGUACCCAAUUAACAGCGUUACCCACGCAUUUCUCCGUCAGAACUACUUAAAGACAUCAAAUUGUCUGGAGUAGCACCACAAACAGGUUCUCUCUCACUUUGUCGUUGACGCUCUAAUCGAAACUAGCAACUCUGGCAUCAUUUCAAUUUCCCAUAUGCGAACGAGAAAUUUCAAAUCAAGUACAUAUUCCGCAAAAGAAGUUAAAAGGGUUAAACUUAGUUAUCAUGAGCAUUGUGAUAAUACGUAAACCUGUCUUAACAGUUUCCAGAAGUUAGCGACUUUUUUCCUCAAGAUUACAGCAUAGUUUUAUUGAAAGCUUCUGCAUUCCGAUAGACGCCUGCUAUCAUUCGAAAUCCGCUCAUAACCUGUUCUGCCUACGCGUUGUCUAUCUUCAGUUUUAAACCGCAGUGGCGCUGACAAAGCUCUGUUUUGCCCUUAUUGUUGUGAAUAUUCAAACAGUUUCAUGUGUAAUGGAGCUUAUCAGUUUUCAAACGCAGACGGACAUUUUUUUUCUUGUUAUGACGCUAUUCAGAAUUCUGAGCUGUCCGCUUCUUGGAUUUAAUACAAAAUGGUCACUUUGCGUUUCAUUCGUAAAUAAUAUGAUGCCUUAUGGCUCUCUGUUAUUACUUGAAACUUUUGUCUUUCUUUUUAAUACGAUAAAUACAUAAAUUAUUUGACCACUCGACAUUAGUAUUUUGCUCACAUUUAACGCACAUGUUUUAAACAGAAAAAAGUAAUUUUAAUAAGUUGUGAUGAGGACAGACAUUCAUCUUCCUUUUGCCCAAUAUCAUCAUAUCGGAAUACCAGCGAAAUUCCAGAGAUGUUGCCCUCCUGCAGUCAUUCCCUGCGUCAAAGAGUACAAAUAGAAAGAUCACUGCUCGUACAGCUCUCUACCGAAACCUAUUCCGUGAGUCUUUUAUUGAAUAAAUAUGUGACGAGAAGCAGGAGUUGUUUCACUUUCAUAGUUACAAAUCCAGUAGCACACCCAAUCUGUGUUGUAGUAUGUAUCGAACAACAAAAUGUUAUUCACCUGCAUGUAAAUCAAUGUGUCAUAAAGUUGGUGUUUCAGUAAAUAUAUGUUACAAAUGUAACAAUCUGUAACUCACUAUAUAAGAGGACGCAAUGUGUUACAUUUUCCCUACUCGUCCUAAUAUUUAUUUAGUAUUUUCAUAGUUCGUUACAUUUGCAUCCAUAUUCUAUCGUAAGUUAAAGGUAUUAUCUUUCUUCUCGGGAACGCUGAUUGUUGCUCAAUAAAACUGGAAGGCGUGAGAAUAUAUUCUGUCAGUUUAAUGCAGAAAUAGUGUUGUAUAAUUGACAAAGAAAAGAGUUGCGUGUUAAGAUGAGAAUCUCGUCGGUGUUACAUAAUUUAACUUUCAAAAUGAUUUCUUAUUUAAUCAUAAUGAAAAUUGUCCUGUUUCCUCUCUGUGUAUACAUUCAACGAAAUUCCUUUCGGAAAUUCUUGAUAUUUGAUGUUUGAUGUACUCAAAAUGUGUGAAAUAAAUGUUUGAUGUGUA